AUGGCGUCGUCGGAAGGAUUAGCGAGCGUUGAGCCUUGGUCAUUCCGUCAGAGCUUUAACAUCGACUCGUGGCUAAUCCCUGAUUCUUUCUCUCACGAUACUGAUUUAUUCGCUAAAGCUCUUCACAGAUCCAUCUCAACAUCUACAACCACCGAAUCUCUCCACGCCGAUCCUCUUUCUCCUUCGGCUUUCUUCGAUUCCGCCGCCGUCUCCGAUCUCUCCCCUCCUCAAACUCUCUCUAAUGUCUCCUUCGGCUCAGAUCCGGAAUUUGCCGCCGGGGGUGGCGCGAAACGGAAGCGUGGUCCUGGUGUUUCCGCUAAUCCCGGAGGUAAACCAGCGAAACGCCGAUCUAGAGUUUCCACGAAGAAGUCUCAGACGACGUUUAUCACGGCGGAUGCGGCUAAUUUCCGGCAGAUGGUUCAGCAAGUCACCGGCGCUAAGUUCAUCGGUGCUUCCCACGGCAUUUUCUCACCGAUUGUGAAGCCGGAGCCGCAUAGGCUCGCUACCAGGCUGCCACCGUGCGGGACUUUGGAUCGAUCAUCGGCGCUUCCGACGCUAGAUACGUCUUCGUUUUUGUCGAAUCAUCACCAGGAGAAUCUCGUCUCUGAUUUAGGCUCUGUUUCAGCGCCGAUGAGUUCGUUUCAUCAGUCUAACGCGGCGGCGACAGGGAAGGCGGAUGUUGGUGGUGGUGGCUCCGCCGUGGAGUUGGAUGGUUACCCGAGCUUCCCGACGCUUGAAUCGUGGAAAGUGAUGUGA